AUGGCUCCAUCGGAGCGUCUCAGUGCCUUUGAGCAGGCGUGGCGGCUCGAGGUCACAGAGCUCUCCUCAAAUGUUAAAGCGUCCAACCCGUACCUGUCGACGAGGAGUGGCUCCACCGUAACGUCCGGCGGUCGUUUCCGCUGCCCGUCGUGCCGUCAUGAAGUGGUUCUGGAUCGACACGGCGUGUACGGGCUGCAGAGGAACCUGCUGGUGGAGAACAUCAUCGACAUGUACAAGCAGCAGGGCAGCAGCAGUCAGCCGGUCCAGGAGGUGAAGGUGGAGCAGCCGAUGUGUGAGACACAUGAAGAAGAGAAGAUUAACAUCUACUGUGUGACCUGCGGCGUGCCCUCGUGCUCGCUCUGUAAGGUGUUCGGCGUGCACAAAGACUGCGAGGUCGCUCCGCUGGACAGCGUCUUCCAGAGACAGAAGGCCGAGCUGACUGACUGUAUCUCCAUGCUGGUCGGGAACAACGAGAGGACUCAGGCCAUCAUCAGUCAGCUGGAGGAAACCUGCAGAGCUGUCGACGAGAACGGCCGCAGGCAGAAGUCGAAGGUGUGCGAGUCGUUCGAUCGCCUGUUCGCUCUGAUGGAGGAGAGGAAAGGCGAGAUGACUUUGAGGAUCAACUCGGAGCAAGAGGAGAAACUUGACUACAUCAGAGGCCUGAGGGGGAAGUACAGCGAGCACCUGGAGAACGCCGCCAAGCUGCUGGAGACCGCCAUCCAGACCAUGGACGAGUCCGAGAUGGCCGUGUUCCUGCAGACGACCAAACCGCUGCUACAGAAGAUCGUGGAGGGCACCGACACGUCUCACAUUGAUAAAGUCCAAAAUGGCUAUGAGAAAAUGGAUCACUUCAGCGCAAACUUUGAACACCAGCGGCGAGCGCUCAUGACCGUCGACUUCAUCAAACUGGACGAAGACGAUGAUGACGACGACGAAGACGAAGCAGCAGAGGUCAGAGGGACGACCCCGGCCAAUCAGCAGCCUCCUCCGUCUCCCGCGCCACCUGCAGGUGUUCAGCUCUCAGCCCCGCCCCCUCAGAGACCAGCAGAGACCACGCCCACCAUGACAUCACCGACAAAAAGCCCCACCCCCUCCUCAACACAGGCCACGCCUCCUUCGCCCCUCCCCACAGCAGGCCCCGCCCCUCAGCAGCUGCAGGUUCAGUCUGAUCAGCAGAGCGAGUCUGCGGACAAAGAUGGACCCAAACACGUCUUCUCCUUCAGCUGGCUCAACCAGAAGUGACCCCAGUGAAACCAGUGAAACCAGUGAAACCAGUGACCCCAGUGAAACCAGUGAAACCAGUGACCC